UCGGGUUCAAUAAAUAGAAUGUGAAUCACUUGGUUUUAUAAUAAUUCACAUUUGUAAAUAAUGGAUAUCGAGAGAUUAAUUAAAAGGAAGAAACGGGCUACACGUGAUGGCAACCUUCAACAAUUGGCUGAAAUUGUUAAAGAGCUUGGAGAUAUAUACUUUGAAAGUAGCAAGUAUGAAGCUGCUUUGCAGGAAUAUACAGAACAAUUGGAAAUCUGCAAUAUUUUAGAAGACAAAUUGAAUAUAGCAAUAGCUCAUAGAAUGAUUGGAGAGAUGCAUGCAAAUCUUGGGACUUAUGAAGAAGCAUUGAAACAUCAAAAUCUUUAUUUGGAAAGAGCCAAGGAGAUAAAAAAUUUAUUAGAAGAACAACGAGCUUAUGCAACAUUGGGGAGAACAUAUUUUUGCUGGGUUGAAAGUUUGCCUGAAAAAUUUGAAAAAAGGCCUGAUAUACUCACAAGUGCAAGGAAAGCAUAUAUGAAGAGUAUACGUCUUUGCAAUGAACUUGGAAAUACUGAUAUUGAUUUAAAAGAAUUAAUUACAAUGAGAGCACGGUUAUUGUUAAAUUUGGGUUUGGUACUAGAAGCUGAGAAAAAGCAUCAAGAAGCUGUUGAUUUAAUGGAAAAGGCUGCUGCAUUGUGUCAGACCCAUAAUUUGCGAGAAGAUUUCCAUAGAACGCAAAUUGCUCUCGGUGGAAUUUACGAUCGUAAUUGCAAUUACGAAUUAGCAUUAAAACAUUUUGAAACUGCCACUGAAGUCGAUAAUUCAACAUUAAAAGCGGAAGCACGAUUUUUUCAAGCAGAGUUGCUCUUAAAAAUGGAAAGAUGGUCCGAAUCUCGAAAGAUAUUAGUAUCUCUUUAUGUUACAGACAAUUUAUCGCAAAAUCUCAAGUCUCAAGUAGAGAAAUGUCUUAGGAUAGUUGCAACAUUACAAGCAACUGAGGUUGCUUUAAGUACAGAACAAAGUAUCAGUGAUAAGUUAAAAUUUUACGAAAUACUUGGAGAUGCAGCAGUAGCUGCACAUUGUUUUGAGAAAGCUAUAGAAUACUACAGAAAAAUGCUCAUAUGUGCGGAAGAGAUAAAAAGUGAUCGCAUAGGAGCAGCUUUAUUAAGUUUAGCGCAAACUUUGAAGGAUGUCGGACAAUAUAACGAAGCGUUGGACUUUGCCUAUAAAGAAUUGGAGUUAUGCAUAGAUCCACGUGAAAUAUGUAGAUCUGCUUUGUUUUUAGCGGAUCUGUUAAUAGUCAAUAAAGCAACUGAUGAGAAGAUUCAAGAAACUUAUAUUAUAGCUUUGAAAAAUGCGAAAGCUUGCAAUGAUAUUUCUUUGGAAGCAAGUGUCUUAAAAGAACAUUUAAAUUAUUUAAAAGAUUCUGGUAAAACAGAAGAAAUAGAAUCACUUACAAAAAAGUUAGAUACAAUGGAGAAGGUGUGUAGUGAUAUAGAUAGUGAAAGCGAAUCAGAGGAGAAUAAUAUUGGUGCAAACAUUUGCUUAGAAGAUUUAUCAGAUGUUGAAGCAGAAUUAAAAAUUAAAGAAAAUGUCAGGAACAGAAAAAGAACAAAAAAAAAAUCAGUUGCAAUAAAAAGGAACGAAAAAGGGGAAACGCAGCUUCACGUGGCUUGUAUCAAUGGAAAUGUUGAAUCUGUACAAAAAUUAUUAGAUUCUGGUCAUUCAACAAAUGUUAGAGAUCAUUUUGGCUGGACUCCGCUGCACGAAGCGGCUAAUCAUGGUCAUAUGCAAAUUGCAAAAUUAUUAUUGAAAUAUGGUGCAGAUGUAAAUGAUCCUGGUAGUUUAAUGUGUCAAGGAGUUACUCCUCUUCAUGAUGCAGCUUCUUGUGGCAAUAUUAGUAUGGUGAGGCUUCUAAUUGAACAUGGAGCAAAUGUGAAACUUAAAACGAAUGAAGACGAUACUGUACUAGAUUGUUUAGAGCAAUGGAAAAAUCGUGUUGAUUUUCUAUCUCCGGAAGAUCAAGCGGAUUACGAUGAGAUGCAUAAAUUAUUGUCUGUUAUGAUACCUGAAAAUAAAAAAAAAAAUUCUAAACAAUCUUAUAAAUCACCAUGUAGUUCAAAAACUCAUCCUGUAGUGCAAGAUGUUACUAUAGAAAAGAUUUCUGCAGGUGAAGAUUAUAAAAGAACUAUAGCUAACUUGAAACAUAGAAAUGAUCCAAUUGGAGUUUCUGUGCCUUGUACAAAACGAAAUGUAAAUCCACUUUUAAAUAAUGAGGAGAUACUUUUAGAGGAUUGGUUAGAAGAUGAUAUUGAUGAAAGUAUAAAUGAGAAAAGGUAUUCUGACGGACAUUCUUCUUCGAUGACGAAAAGGAAAUCCAGCAAUUGUGAUAUUGAUGUCGAGAAAAAUUUAAAACGGCAAAAAAUAAAUGAUCAAAAUUUGAUGAUAGAAGAUAAUGAAAAUGAUGUAAUACAUGACAGUAGUAACGAUAAUUGUGAUACGGAAAUAAUACAAGAUUCCAAUGAAUGUAGGAUACAGAAAAAGAAACAACAAAUGUCUUUGUUAUCAAUUGGAUUUACUAAAAAUUCGACUUCUCGAAGUUCUUCACCUGUAAUUCCAUCUACUCCAGAAUUUGAAUCAAGAGAGAUCGAUACUACGAGAUCAGUCAUUCUAAAUAUUUCUGUGGAUGGAAAAAUAUUUAAAACACAGGUAGAAUAUUCAAGUACAACAAGACCAUUGAUACAAGAAAUUAUAACUGAUAUCGAAACAAAAUUUUAUAACGAUAGUGGAUGUAAAGUAAAGUUGGAUUUAAAAACUAUGAACGGCAUUGCGAUUAAUUCUAACAAUGUAUUUGCGAUUUUAAACGAAGGAGACAUUAUUAAAAAUUUGAUAUGCGAAAUAAUUGAAUUAGAAACUCCUCCUAUUGUUGAGCGAUAUGUAACGAUUUGUAAAAAUCAUAAUAUAGAUGUUCAAGAAUGCAUAUUAAAGUGCUUGAAAUCAUGCGAGAAUACGUUAAUUUUUCGGUUAAAACAAGAAACUAUUAAAAGAGAGGAAUUUAUAUCUUUAUUAAAAACGUUGGAAUAUCAGAAGAAUAUUCAAAUAUUGGAUUUAUCUGGUGGUGAACUGUUUGACAUUGGAGAAAUUUUGAAUAAUUGCAUUUUAAAAUUGUCAACUUUACAAGAAUUGUGCCUUCAAGGAUGUGAUAUAGAUUCGAAAUGCUUAAGUAAAUUAGAAAAACUACCUUCACAACUUAAGUUUUUAGAUCUUAGUUAUAAUCCACUUGGACCAUUGAGUCAAGAAAUUUUGUACAAACUUUUUACUCCUUUGACACAGCUUCGGACAUUAAAUUUGCGAUAUUGUCAAUUGUGUACUUUUCAGUUCCUUUCAAACAAUUGUAAUCUAGUGAAUUUAGAUAUUUCUUGGAAUAGUUUUGAUGAAGGUGAACUCUGUACUACAUUAUAUAGGCAACUACUUAACUUAAAUUUAUCAAACACUUCUAGUAAAUUUAAUUUGAUCAAAAAUAUUUUUAAUACGACGAAUUUUUCAUUUGUGAAUUUGGAGUGUUUGGAACUUACUUCUUGUGAGUUAUCAGAUAUUGAUAUCAAAAAUAUAUUAUCACGUGUAUCAAAUCUUGUAAAAUUGGUGCUUAGAGGGAACAGAAAAGUAGGGGUACAAUCUUUAAAUUUAUUAUUAAAAUAUACGCCAACGCUAAGGCAUAUCGAUAUUAGUGGAUGUGAAAAUAUUGUUGAUUUUCCUGAUUCUAAUAUAUUUAUUGAAAGACCUGAGAUUUGUACAUUAAUUGCAAGUAUGCAGCCGGAAGUAAGCGACUGUUGGAUUCUAUUGUGGCGACGAAAGGGUGUUGUAGAAAAAUUACCACAUAAUCUUACUAUUUUUAAGCCCAAAAUAGAAAUCGGAAAUUAAACUUUAAUAUUUUUCUAUGUACCAUAUGUGUAUAGCAUUGAAAAGAAUAAUAAA